AGGAUUUAUUUGCUUCCGGGGAAGCGGCGGCCUCGGAUAGUUUUGUUUCUGGUUUCUAGUCCGAGACCAACACAACGUUAGCUCACAGCUAAAACCAGCUUUAAAACGGUCGGAGGAAUAUAUCCGUUGUGAUUCGAAGUGUGCACUGAUGUCGGGCAGGAGCACCGCUGAGGAGUGGGUCGAGACAACCGAGGAGGUUGUUAUAACAGAGGAGUGCCUACCUCCUGAAAGCAGCAUACCUGCAGUGAUACCGGUUUUAGAGCAAACAGAAACGCCAAUCCAGAAGUUGCUGGACACUGUGGGACAUGGAGAUAAUUCAGAGGCUGAUGGUGGUUUUUAUUGUGAAGAGUGUCUGCCUCUCUUCCAGUACCACAGUGAUCCCGCUACCAUUAACGGCCCAUCUUUUAUUCUUGACUUCCCAACGAGCACGGGUCUCCCCCAGAGGGCCCUGCUCUCUCUGCCCUAUGGCCUGAUGAUAGGCAGAUCUAGUAUCCCCGGUGCAGGCGUUGGGGUCAUAAAUCACGGCCCGAUAGUGUCUCCGGGAAUGCAUUUUGGACCAUAUGAGGGGGAAGUGACUACAAGGGAAGAUGCCAUGGCAAGUGACUUCUCCUGGGAGAUUUACAAAGAAAAAGAUGAGUACGAGUACAUUGAUGCUGCCAGAGAUUCACACUCAAACUGGAUGAGGUACGUCAAUUGUGCUCGUAAUAAAGACGAGACGAAUUUGCUGGCGGUGCAGUACAAAGGCAGCAUUCUUUUUCAUUGCUGUCGCACCGUACACCCUGGAGAGGAGCUCAUGGUGUGGCCCAGCAGCAAAUUUCUUUCCCGUUUCAGUGAAGCUUGGGCACAGGUGUGGGUUAUGAAGUUGAAUGCAACAGAGAGUAGCACAACUGCGACAUCUCAGAUCUUCCUGUGCUCCCUCUGUCAGCUGUCCUUCACUACAGAGUCCUUCCUCCAGCGACAUACAGAAUACUCCCACAUCCAGCCUGAAGCGGUCUGCACACCGGCUGCUGAGGUGGUUGAACCUGAACAUCCUGCUUCCAAUGCUGACCCCUGUCACUCUGCCGCAUCCCUGAUGGUCGUAUCUGUUAACUCUGUCGAGUCCAAAACAUGUGGCGAUUGCGGGAAAACUUUCAAGCAAAUACCUCACCUCAGGAGGCACAAACUUUGCGUCCACUCGAACAAACGUCCCUACUGCUGCACACAGUGCAGGCGGAGUUUUACCCAGGCUUCUGGCUUAAUCAGGCACCAGCUAGUUCACAGAAAGCGGACUGUGAUAAAAAACGCAAACAGUGUUCAUAAUCUGAACAUUAGUGAGAAGAAAAAGAGCUUGACACUGAGAUCAGAAGUUUUAAACUCUACAGAUCCGGUUGUAACUGAGAAAACAAAGGAUGUGCAUAUAAGUGAGAAUGUACCAGAAGCUAUAGAUGUAACUGAGAAUACUUCCCAAUCCAACUGUUCAGACUGCGGUAAGAGCUUCACAAAUGAAGAAUCCCUGAAGAAGCAUAAGGUGACUGUCCAUGAAAAGAUACGUCCGUACGUCUGCACCGUGUGUCAGAAGUGCUUCGGCCAGUACAACGACCUGACCAGGCACCUGCUGGGACACCAGAAACAAAACAAGAGGAUAAAAAAACUAAUUGAGGCUCCAGAGGAAUCUGCCACCAUGCCCUUUAGCUGCGCUGAGUGCUCACUGACUUUUCCUUCAGUGGACAGCCUUCAGCAGCACAUAACUGAGCAUCACUCAGAGGAGACCACAGUGCAAACUCAAGAAGACGAUCAGAGCCACGAUCCAGGCUUCAGCCUCCAACCCUCAGUGGCUGAAUCUGUUGAAUGUGUGCAAAAACAUCAGAGGCCUCAGCGACUUGGAGCCAGAUCAAAAAUUUCUGCCAUAACAAAGCUCAUAGCUCCAAAACGAAGGGCAGCCAUCUGCAAGAAGCCAUUAACCAGCCCUGCGCAGAUUGAGAGGAGCUCCGCCGAGCCAGAGGCCGUCGCAGACGGAAAGUUAGCGAAAUACAAAUGGUUCAGCUGUAAUCGCUGUAAACGAACAUACGGGAACCCGGAAGAUCUCAAAGCACACAAUUGCGCUUCGAAACAGCUCAAGUGUGGACAGUGUGAGGCGACUUUUAAAAAGUCCGGCUUCCUGAAAAGACACGAGCAGUUGGUGCAUUUAAAUGCAAAAUCCUACAGCUGUGACCGCUGCGGCAAAGCCUUCACUACAUCUGGUAACCUGAAACAGCAUCAGAAGAGCAACACUUGUAUGAAGUAUCACUGCACGUCGGAGCCUUUCUCGUGCUCGUUUUGUCAGUUCUCCUUCACAAUGAAGAGCUACCUUAUUAAACAUGUCAAGAGGCAUCACCCGGUGGAGUAUUUGGCACACUGCGAUUCAGACAGCCUAGUGUAUCAGCUGGAGGAAGAGGAAGAGCAAGUGGAAGAGAAGGGGGAAAAAGAAUAUGUAUGCCCCCACUGUGGGAAGAGCUGUGCAAGCACCAAAGCUUUCAAAGCGCACACGUGCUUCCAGCAGGUGAAGGUGCUGUACUUGUGCACAGACUGUGGGAAGGGCUUCACAAACCACUAUGGGCUCAAGCAACAUCAGCGCAUUCACACGGGCGAGAAGCCCUACAGCUGCCCUCACUGCAGCAAGAGCUUCUCUUACACGGGCCAGCUCAACGUGCACCUCAGGACUCACACCGGGGAGAAGCCGUACCUGUGCACCCACUGUGGGGAGAGCUUCCGGCAGUCGGGAGACCUGAAGCGACACGAGAGGAAGCACACGGGGGUGAGGCCUUACAACUGCCCCGAAUGUUGUAAAAGCUUCAGCCGCCCACAGAGUCUCAAAGCUCACCAAAUGCUUCACCUGGGACAAAGAAUGUUCAAAUGCACCCAGUGCGGGAAGAGCUUUUCCCGGAACUAUCACCUCAGGAGACACCAUCAGAAGAUGCACUUGUAGUCUCAUAUUUUUAGGAUUUUAGAAAUUCUUAAAGGGUUUGUUUGGAUUUUGUGAAGUGCAAUUUGGAGAAGCAGACAGGAGACACCGCAGAGGAGCAAAGCAACGCACUGCUGUGGAUGGGGCAGCAGCAAAACAUAUUUUAGCCACUUAAAAAAAUCAAUAACUUUAAGUUUAUGUUUAUGGGUACGCUAUAUUUCAAAUAUUUUCACUGCUUUACCUUGCUGUGAGAAAGCCCUUUCUGACUGAUCUAUGUUUUCGUCAAAGCCACCAGACCUCAUUGACAAACAGUAAUUUUACCUUCCAGAACACAGGAGUUGAUGUUUAAUACUGCCUCUAUCGGUUAGUUACAUUGUGUGACUGCCAUUUUAAAAGGGAAGUUCGGAUUCACCAAAGUGUUUUUGUCAAAGAAGUCUGGUGGCGUUGACGAGGGCAUAGCGGGAGAUAACAGCUUCAAACAAUCAGAACUGUCCUUUUUAAUUCUUGCAAGUGUAAACUUAUUUGCACUAAAUAGUUAAGUACUUUAAGAUUGUGCUCUUGCAGAGAAUUUUUGAACGUCUAAUAUUGUUUUAACUUAAGUUUGUUUACAGCUAAAGCAUUUCAUAACCAAAAGAUUGAAUAUUUAUGUUUAGAAUUGUAAUGAUUUUGGUAAUUAUUUGAAAGCAGAACAAAAUUAAUACAAACACGUCAUUCACUUCAAUAAAAGAAAAAGUUUGUCUCUAAAUGUCAACUUGCUUAGAAAUAAAAAGCACCAACUUGACCAUCA